AUGGCGAGCAACACAGCAGACUCCAGAAAAACGGUCCUGAUAACAGGAUGCUCCCAAGAUUCGAUCGGCGAACAGCUGGCAAGGGAGUUCCACCGACGAGGUUUCCAUGUCAUAGCGACGGCGCGCUCCCUGUCCCGACUUACGAGACUGACCUCGCUAGGCAUUGACACGCGCGAGCUGGACCUGCUGUCGACAGAGUCGAUCCACGCCUUCAGUUUGGGCGUCACGAAGCUGGACAUCCUGAUCAACAACGCUGGCGACAAGCACCUCAUGCCCUUUGCAGACACGGCGCCCAAGGACUUUCGAUACAUGUUCGAGAUCAACGUGUUUCCACACUUUGAAAUCACGCAGCUUCUCCUCCCGCACCUCAUCCACUCCAAGGGCAUCAUAGUGAAUCACACCUCGCAGUCGGCGCACGGGUUCAAGUCGCCCGCGUCCGCGUACGCGAGUGCAAAGGCCGCGCUUGCCACAUUGACAGACUGCAUGCGCCUAGAGCUGGAGCCGUUCGGCGUGCGUGUCGUGGAGCUCGUUACGGGCAUGGCACAGGGCAACAUGACCAAGUUCGAGACGACGUACACGCUGCCGCGCGGGUCCAUCUACGAACCCAUCCGGGAGCCGCUCGAGACGAACAUGAAGGCGGAGGCGGCGCGGCCGAUGGUCAUGGACGGCGAAAGGUACGCAAGGCGCGUCGUGUCGGAUUUGCUGGAUGGCUGGUUCGGGACGCCCAAGUGGAUCUGGAGAGGUGCGUUCGCGACCACAAUGUACUGGGUCCUCGUUGCGAACACCCUCUGGAAGGGCUGCACGGAUGGCUUGUUCAGGGCCGCCCUCGGAUUUGGUGGACUGAAGCGGAAUUUGAACGAGGCCAAACAGCAUUCUUCCUGA